AUGGUUUUUGAGGAUGUGAAUGAGUUUAGGGAUGCUGUUACAAAAUAUGCACUUCAAAGGGGUGCGCAGUUAGAGAAAUUUGUCAAUGAGCCCAAAAAGGUUAGGGUGAGGUGUAGAGAUGGCUGCCCAUGGCUACUAUAUGCAAGUCUUGACAAGAAGACUAAUGAUUUCAUGAUCAAAACCUACAAUCCUAAACAUAGGUGUGUCAAGACUACUAAAAAUUACAUGUCCAAUGCUAAGUUCUUGUCCAAGCAUUACAAGAAUAGAAUUACAGAACAGCCAAACAUUAGGAUUUUCAAGUUUCAGCAGUUGAUUAGGGAAGAACUUAACAUACAUGUUGGAAAAACCACUGCCGGAAGAGCUAGAGCUAAAGUACUCCAAGAAAUCAUGGGUGAUCAUGUGUUAGAGUUUAGAAGAAUAUUUAACUAUAGGGAUGAAAUGUUGAGAACUAAUCCUGGGAGUACUUGUAUUGUUAAGGUUGAUGACUCUGGUGAAAGUGGUGGUUGUAGGAAAUGUAUUGGUUUGGAUGGUUGUUUCUUAAAGGGAAUAGCCAAAGGACAGCUGUUGGCUGCUAUUGCUAAGGAUGCUAAUAAUCAAAUGUUGCCUAUUGCUUGGGCUAUAGUGGAAUAUGAGAAUAAGAACACUUGGACAUGGUUUUUGAAAUUGUUGAUAGCUGAUUUGGGAAUGGGAGAUGGCAACAAUUACACAAUGAUAUCAGACAUGCAAAAAGGGCUUCAAUCAACUAUGAAAGAAUUUUUACCACUGGUGGAGCACAGGAUGUGUGCAAGACACAUCCUAGCUAACUGGACAAAAGGAUGGAGAGGUCUUCAAAGAAGGAACCAAUUCUGGAAGUGUGCAAAAAGCAUCUUUGAAGGAGAGAUGAAGAUAAAUCUGGACAAAAUGAAACAGCUUGGUACUGCCAAGGAUGGUAAGGAUAGUGUUGCAGAUUUACUGUACUACCCACCUGAAACUUGGUAG